AUGGCAACCCAAGCAACGAUAGCGGCAACUACAAAUAAUGGUACUAGUGAAGUACGAUUAAGAGAAAAAAAAGUAACAUCAAAGCAAAACGGUAAUAAUCGAGGUGGUGAUAUAUUAUCAUUAUCGACACCUAGUACUGCUUCAGCAACCAUAGAAGCAUCUAAUGAUGAAGCAGUCAUAUCAUCGAAAGUACGUCAAUCAACAUUUGAACAAGCCUUUUUCUUUGGUUUAACUGUUGAUGAUGCACUUAAUUCAACUGAAAAUACUUUAGAAUUAUUUUACAACGCAUGCAAAUAUAAUCAUAUAGACCUUGUAAAACGAUGCGUAGAAGAAAAACGUGCAAAUAUUAAUGAACCAUUCAAUAAUGAUUACCCUUUAUGUAUCGCUAGCCACAAAGGUCAUAUUGAAAUUGUUCGCUAUCUAUUAGCGCAUGGUGCUGAUGUACAUGUCAAACGUGAACUAAAUCUAUUAGCUACACGUGGCAAUCAUCGUUUAUCGCGUGCUAAUUUAACUUACGGUGAUAGUCCACUUUCCCUUGCAGUCAAAUAUGGUUUCGAAGAUAUUGCUAUAGAACUUGUUGAACAUGGAAGUGAUAUGUUAAAUGAUAAUAAUGAAUUUGAAAAAUCUCCAUUACAAGAUGCUAUUCGUCUUAAUCGUACACGUAUUGUCAAAGUUUUAAUUGAUAAACUUAAAAAAAUAAAAGUAUAUGAUGGUGAAGAAGAAACAUUAUUAUCACAGAAAAAGGGUGAUAUUCUUCGUCAAUGUCUUAUUAAUGAUCAAGUCGAUGCAUUACGUAUAUUUGUACCAAAUAUUUGGGAAGAACUUAACAGUGAUUUUAUGUUUACUGUUUUAAACAAUCUUAUGUUAAAAAAUAAAAUACAAUCGGAUAAAGCAUUUGAUGUAUUAGAAACUAUACUUGAAGCUAUACCAUCAUCAAAAUUAAAAAUGUAUGAUAUUGGUGAUUUACUUAGACGAUUUUUAUAUAUUUUACAAGCACAAUUUGUAACAAUCAAUGAUGAUCGAUUACAAAUUCUUUAUUUACGUACAUCAUUAUUAUUUACCAUACUAAAAUAUCAUGAAACAAUCGAUUUUACUAAUUAUUUAGAUGUAUUAGAUUCUUAUUUUCGUGCUAUUUACAAUAGUGUUGAAAAUACAGGCGAAGGUGUCAAUCAAAUCUAUGAAUAUAUUGUUCGUUUUUAUGAAAAUCUUAUUUUAAUGGGUCAUCUUAUUCUAACAAAAAAUUCCGUUAUUCUUAAAUUACUUGAAUGUGAACAUGUACAACGAAUGCAAUCAAUUGAUAUGUAUCUAUCAUGGCGUGCACGUAAUCCAUUUUUAUUAAAAGAACAAUGUCGUCUUAUUAUUAAAAAUAAAUUAUUAUCAUAUAAACGUACAACAAUUGAAAAAUUAAAUCUUAGCGAAGAAACAUUUUCCUAUUUAUUCUAUCAACGAUAG